AUGCAACAACAUUUUGAAUUAUCUGAAACUGAUCAUUUAGAUGAUMAAAUUAUUCAAAUACCCAAGUGGGAAAAGGUACCCUGGAAUAAUACAGAGAAUAUAUGGAAAGGUAGUUUACCAGAACCUCCUGAUAAUAUAUUGUCUCCAUUUGAAUACUUCAAGUUAUUUGUUGAUAAUGACAUGAUUUGUAACAUAUCUGAGCAAACAAAUUUAUACUCAGUUGAAAAAUGUGUAGCUACUUCACCAGAAGAAAUUGAACAAUUCUUAGGAAUCCAAUUGUACAUGAGUAUUAUAAAAAUGCCAUCAUACAGAAUGUUUUGGUCUGAACAGACUCGUUUUACAACAGUUUCUGAUGCUAUGUCAAGGAAUCGUUUUGAUAGCUUAAGAUCAAACAUACAUUUUAAUGAUAAUAGUAAAAUGCUUCCAAGAGAGCAUCCAAAUCAUGAUAAACUAUUUAAAGUACGCCCUUUUAUAAAUGCUAUACGUGAAAAUAUGAAAAAAAUAAAAGUUGAAGAAUAUACAGCUGUUGAUGAAAUAAUAAUCCCAUUUAAAGRGCGUUCAACAAUGAAGCAAUAUAACAAAAAUAAACCCCAUAAAUGGGGUACUCUACCUCCAUCAGAACAUGGACUUGGAAUUAGUGGAGAUGUAGUGAUGCGUUUAGUUGAUAGUAUUCCUAAACAUCAAAAUUACAAAGUUUCCAUGGAUAAUUGGUUCAAUUCCCAUAGUUUACAAUGUAAAUUAAAGUUUUGUGGAAUUUUGAGUAUAGGAACAGUAAGAUCCAAUAGAAUUGCUGGAUGUGUCCUAGAAAGUGACAAAACUCUAAAGUCAAAAGGAAGAGGAACACAUGACAGUCAAGUUGAUACUGUUAAUAAUAUAGUGGUCACCAAAUGGUAUGACAACAAAGUUGUUCAUGUGAUUUCUAACUACCAAGGACCACUUCCAAUAAAUCAAGUAAAAAGAUGGUCUGUAACAGAUAAGAAAUAUAUWAAUAUUCCUAGACCAACAUCCAUUGCAGAAUACAACUCAUUUAUGGGGGGUGUAGAUCUACAUGAUAUGUUGGUAGAAAUAUACCGUGUUAAUAUUAGAGUAAGAAGAUUUUACCUACAAGUAGCACAUGCUUUAUUGCAAGCUGGUAAAAAUAAAUUAAAUAAAAGAGGAAGGCCAUCAUUAUCAACAACACCACCAACUAAAAAAAGAAGAUUAUUUGCUCCAAGGCCAGUAGAUGAUAUUAGGUUUGAUGAAAUAGCUCAUUGGCCUAUUCCAGUUUCUAAAAAGCAACGAUGUAGACAAAAUGUGUUUCAUUGYUUUUCAUAA